AUCCAUCAUCGACUUGGGCCCUGCUCUGAUACCAUAUUAGAAAUGGGCCACUCACCCCUUAAAAGGCCUCAUAAGGGGGAGGGUUAUCCACACUUAUAUAGACAAGCUAGGAUCAUCACCAAGCCGAUUUGGGACAAGAUAUUAGAAAUUUAACAGUUGAAAUUAGAAAAAUCAAAUGUAAUUAGUUAGGCUUUUUAUUAGUUAGUUAGCCUUUUACUUAGCCUAUAUAUAAGGCAUUUUAGUGUAAAAUGUAAAAAAAACUCUUCAAAAAUGUAGUCCAUUAAUGAAAAUUCCCUUUUUCUCUUCUUUCUCUCUUCCGGCAGUUUCUUCCCUAUUUUGGCAGUUACUUCAUCCUCCUUCAAUGGAGGUUUCUCAAUCCAAAUGAAUUCACCAUUUUUCACAUGGUAUCAGAGCGCAAAUCUGCUGCGCCUGAUCGCCUCCGCCUUCGUUUUCGUUAUCUCUUCAUUCUCUGAUUUUGAUUUGGUUCGUUCUUCUUAUUUUUAGGGUUUGAUUCAUUCACUUCCUAUUGAAUCUGAAAGUUCAGUUUUGUUAUUCGUGGUUUUGUGUGAUUCUGAGUUGUUGCCGGAGUUUGCCACUCGACUCACUACCACUGAUGCAAAAUUGAUCUCGUUUCAGGUUUUAUCUCUUCAAUUUUUUUUCUACAUCGGUUCUCAUUCACCGAUUGAAUUCUGUUUCCGAUUGUAAUCGGUUCUUCUCUGUUUGAGAUCUAAAUCUCAAAAUUGUUGUUCGGCGUUAAUUUUAGCCGAUCUUAAAUCUCGAAUCUGUUAUCUUCAUUGGAUUUGUAUGAUCCAAGUUUGUAUCUCUCCGAUUGUUCGGUUGAGUUUUUGGUUGUGAGAAUAUGUUUUCUCAAAUUUGUUGUUGAAUCUGAAUAUGUUUUCAGAUUUGUCUCUAGUUUUCCGAUUGUAUGUCGGAUGUUUGUUUUUGUUGUUCACCGAUUGUUCGGUUGGAUUUGUUUGUUGGAUUGUUCGGUUCGAUUCGUGGAUGUUUGGGUGAGGAGGAAAGGCUAUUUGGUGUUGGUGUGCAUUUGUAUUGCUUUGAACUGCUGCAGAAACUUGUGCUGCUUCGAGCGUCCCCUGAAUCUCUUGAGGAGUCAGUUGUUAACAAACACUGAAAGUUGAGAAUGAAUACUGAAAGUUGAGAAUGGUUGCAACUGCAAGAUUUUUGUGGCUGUUGAUGGUCUUGCGUUGGGUGGGGGAUUAGAAGUUGCAAUUGGUGAUUGUGAGAUGAUGAUUGUUGAUGAGAUGAUGAAGAUGUUUUCUAAGAUGUUUUGGCUGCUGCUGAAGCAGCUGCAGAGACAGUAGAGGGUGCAGCAGCAUUGGCAGAGAAGAAAGCUUCGCCUUUGCAACUUGGUCUCAUUGGCCAAAUCAACAGCAGUGUGGAGAAGUGAGCAGGAUGUGGACACGACAAGUUUGUAGUUUCCAACUAUGCCUUCAAGAGAAGCGAGCUCAGAAAGAGAUGCAGGACGCAGAUAGAUCAUUAGUCCAAAUGCUCAAGAUGCUUUUCUCUUGACUUGGAGUUAGAAUAAAUGUUAGUUGUUUGUAGUUUCCUUCUUAGUUUGAUGGACGUUCUUUCCAAGAUGGUAGCAUUUGUUUGUGCUUCCAUCUUGAGGGAGGGUGUUGAAAUUAGAAAAAUCAAAUGUAAUUAGUUAGGCUUUUUAUUAGUUAGUUAGCCUUUUACUUAGCCUAUAUAUAAGGCAUUUUAGUGUAAAAUGUAAAAAAAACUCUUCAAAAAUGUAGUCCAUUAAUGAAAAUUCCCUUUUUCUCUUCUUUCUCUCUUCCGGCAGUUUCUUCCCUAUUUUGGCAGUUACUUCAUCCUCCUUCAAUGGAGGUUUCUCAAUCCAAAUGAAUUCACCAUUUUUCACAAUGAGAAAGUCACGGAUUCGGAGAGAGAGAGCGAGAGGUUUGCAUCGUGUAGAGAGAUUAUUACAGUGCAUGAGAUUUCAGAGUGCGUGAAGAAUGAGAGUGACGGCUGCUCCAGUUCUUCUUUCCGCGAAAAAACAAUUCACAAAUUUGAAGCAAAUUCAGAUGAUGAUGAUGAUAAUGCAUCUUUCCAUUCAUUUUGUGAUUCGCAAACGAGGCUCUCCAAUGUUUCAGCUACUAGCGUAGGUGAAACCUCAGAAAAUAUGUCGCGCGAGGAAAUUAAGGAAACACAUUCUUCUACUCGUACAGUUGCCUCAAACAUUCCACCUCCUCCUCCGCCCCCUGCAUUUCUUCAUAAAUCAAAAUCUCUCAGCUCAUCCUCUUCUCCUCCACUUUCCAACGGCAAUGGUAAAGCAUUGCCGCCGCUGCCUUCUUCACAACAAGUGGCUUUGGGAAAAGAUGGGUGUCCAUUGCCAAAGCUGAAACCACUACACUGGGACAAAGUAAGAGCCGCCCCAAAUAGCUCCACGGUGUGGGAUAAGCUGCGCUCUAGUUCAUUCGAAUUUGAUGAGGAAAUGAUGGAAUCACUUUUCGGUUACAACCUCCAUAUUUCUAUGAAGAGCGAGGAAGCCAAGACCAAAACUCCAUCUCCAAGCAAGCACGUGCUCGAGCCUAAGAGACUGCACAACAUCACCAUACUUUCCAAGGCCUUGAACGUCACCGCAGAGCAAGUUUGCGCUGCAUUAAUCAGAGGCAUGUUAUGUUCACCAAAAGUCCUUGAUUUCUCCCUUUUAUGUGAUCAAUAUCUAUCUGCAACAGGGGAAGGUUUGUCCCUUCAAGAUUUGGAAGCACUGUCAAAGAUGGUGCCGACAAAGGAAGAAGAGGCGAAGCUCGCCAGCUACAAAGGCGACAUACUCGAAUUGGGGCAUGCGGAGAAGCUGGUUAAGGCAAUGAUCCAGAUACCAUCCGCGUUUGCAAGGAUCGAAGCAAUGCUCUACAGGGAAACCUUCGAAGAUGAAGUUCUUCAUCUCAAGAAAUCAUUCUCAAUACUCGAGGAAGCAUGCAAGGAGCUGAGGUCGAGCCGGCUCUUCCUGAAGCUCCUGGAGGCAGUGCUGAAGACGGGGAACAGGAUGAACAUGGGCACCACAAGAGGAGGGGCGAAGGCCUUCAAGCUGGACGCCCUCCUCAAGCUCUCCGACGUGAAGGGGACGGAUGGCAAGACAACGCUGCUCCAUUUCGUGGUCCAGGAGAUCAUCCGGUCCGAGGGGAUACGCGUCUCAGACAGAAUCAUGGGCAAAAUCCAUCAAAAAGAAAGCUACAGGAGGAUGGGGCUGGAUAUGGUGUCGGGCUUGAGCACCGAGCUUUGCAACGCCAAGAAAACGGCCACCAUUGAUCUGGACGUGGUUGCAAGCUCGGUGGCGAAUCUGAGGGAGGGAAUGAGACGGCUGCAGGGGCUCAUGGGGAAGGAGAUGGAGGGGGGGUUUGUGAGGUCGAUGAGGGCGUUCAUCGGAGACGGGGAGAGGAAACUGAGGGAGGUGCAGGGGGAAGAGGAGAGGGUGCUGGUGCGUGUGAGGGAGAUUACAGAGUAUUUUCAUGGGGAUGUGAAUGUGAGCAAGGAUGAGUCGAAUCCGUUGAGGAUAUUUGUGAUAGUGAGGGAUUUCUUGAGUAUGUUGGACAAUGUUUGCAAGGAGCUGAGGGCCUCACUGCGCUCUCCGAAUCCGCUUCUUCCCUUCGGAUAGAGCUGGAUUUUGCAUGCUUUCUUUAUGCUGUCUUCAUUUGUUGGAUGCAAUAUUUGACUAACAUAGUACUUAUUUCUCAACUCUAAUCA